AUGAUUUGCUCUAGUUCUAAACAACGUUAUUUAUUGUAUAUUGGACAAAGGACAUUUCCUCUGAUUUGCACAUCUUUCGUUAUCCUUAUUGUAAAUAGUAUUUCUAUUUCACAUAAGUUGAGAUGGAAACAGUCUUCCGCUACGGAGAAAAACCGAUCGACAUCAGAAGUAGGUCGAUAUUUGCGCUUAUUUCGUAAAGAAUUAUUUAAAAAAUAUCCAAAUUUAUGGAAACGAUUAGUUACUCCUGAGGAAAAAGAGAAACUAAUUCAAAUGGGGUUGGCAACUCCUAUAACUGCUACCAAUGCUAUGCUUUUACGCACAUAUGAGGUCAAUGAAAUCAUUUGUGAUCAAGAUCGGUUAGCAGAUUUAAAAAGUGGGGAGCUUAUUACAAAAGAUUGUUCAUCAAUCUCUAAUAAUUUAAAUAUGAGCUCCAGUAGUUUACGAAAUUUCAACUCGAAUGCAACUCCUAAAUCGAACGUUGGUUUCGCAUCUAUCGGUCGAACAAGUCUUGGUUCAAGUGCUAAUUCAGUGACGUCAGCAACGUUACCAGGUGUUAUGAACACUUCCGGUGCCAUUGAUCAUACAACUGCAAGUGGGAAUUUUAAGUCAAGAAGAGAUAGCAGGUGGCUUGGUGUUGGUUCAACUCCAAACACAUCAUUUCAUUUGGACUCAGUUCCUUGUCCAACCCCUAUCAGUCGAUUGAGAACUGCCAGACAGACAAGUAAAUCAUUUACAUUUCCUUUUUGUUUGGAUGACUCUGAUCCGAUCGCAUUUCAUGAGAAUGCACGUCAACCGGAAUGUUUAGUACCGAUUCGUUUAGAUAUAGAAUGUGAUGGUGUUAAACUACGUGAUUGUUUUACAUGGAAUCGUAAUGAACAAUUAAUCACAUUGGAACAAAUGGCUGAAGUACUUUGUGAUGAUUUAGACUUAAAUCCAAUAAAUUUUGUUCCAGCUAUUGUGAAUGCUAUGAGACAACAGAUUGAUGCUCAUCCCGUGAAUGAUUUUCUAGUUGGACAAACUGAUACACGAGUUAUUAUUCGUUUAAAUAUACAUGUAGGCAAUAUUUCUUUAGUGGAUCAAUUUGAAUGGGAUCUUUCUGAACCAAACAAUUCACCAGAACAAUUUGCUUCAAGACUUUGUGCUGAAUUAGGUUUAGGUGGAGAAUUUGUCACAGCUGUUGCCUAUAGUAUUCGUGGACAACUUGCUUGGCAUCAGAAAAUUUAUGCUUUCAGUGAAUCUCCUUUACCGACAGUCGAUAUAGUUUUUCGUAAUUCAAAUGAAGCUGAUCAAUGGAGUCCAGUUGUUGAAGUUCUUACUGACGCAGAAAUGGAGAAAAAGAUACGCGAUCAAGAUCGUAAUACCAGACGAAUGCGUCGUUUGGCCAAUGCACAACCCAAUUGGUAG